AUGCACAGCCUGGAUUGUAAGACGGAAGGUUGGGGGUGGGUUUUCCGAAAAAAAAUCUUCCAGCGAGAUCUAGGACAUCACUGCAAAGAACACUUUUCCUCACACUUGAUGAAAGUCUCCUGUACACCAGUGAAUGCGUUUUGUUGUUGGGGGGUGUGUCUGUCUGUCUGCGUGUCUGUCUGUCGCCGUAAAGGCUCCGCCCUCCGGUUCUUAUCUUUGACGGCAGUACCAGCAAUGGAAAAGAAAUUACUGUUGGUUGAUGUGGAUGCUGGCGUGGACGAUGCUGCUGCCUUAAUGAUAGCCCUGGCGGCCCCGAAUGUUGAGAUCCUGGGGAUCACGUGCUGUUUCGGGAAUACUGAAGUGGAAAAUGUGUGUAAAAAUGUCCUUCGGGUGUUAAAAAAGUGCCACCAUUUGCAGAUUCCAGUUUACCAGGGUGCUUCAUCCCCUCUGCUUAAUACAAUGAAAAAUGAUUAUUUCUAUGGAACAGAUGGCUUAGGGGAUGUACCCGAUGCUGAGGCUCCAGGACUGGACCGAGUACAGCAUGAACAUGCUGUGGCUGCCAUGAUCAGGAUCAUCAGUGAGAGGCCUAACCAGGUAACUCUGGUCGCCACUGGGCCUUUGACUAAUCUAGCUCUGGCAGUGAAAAUGGACCCCAAGUUUCCUAAGAAAAUUAAAAAUAUGUCUAUAAUGGGAGGCAAUAUGUACUCAAGAGGAAACAUUGAUAUCUGUGCAGAAUUCAAUUUCGCAGCAGACCCAGAGGCAGCUUACAUCGUCUUAAAUGAAUAUACUUGUCCGACUUUUAUUACAACCUGGGAAUUUGCAUGUUUGCACGCUGUGCCUUGGGAGUUUUAUGAGAAGUGUACUUCCCAGGACAGUGAAAAAGCCAGAUUUUUGAAAGAAAUCUAUGCGGUCACCACAGAAAUUCAAAAGCGCCCCAUUCCCAAGUUAAGAGCUCUCUACCGGAAACCAGGAUUUGUGUCCUGUGAUUCCGUUGCCAUGGCGAUCGCGGUGGAUCCGAACGUGGUCACGGAAUCCAUCUUCUGCCCUGUGUCGGUGGAGCUGACUGGCUCCCACACGCGGGGCAUGCUGGUUUUGGACAUGGACGAUGCGCUGAAGAAAGAAAACAAAGUUUCAAUCGCAAAAGAGUUGGAUAUGGAAAAAUUCAAAAGUCUGCUGCUCGCGGCUCUGAAAUAGUGAUGAAUAAUAAUAAUGCUGGCACACUUUAAGGGAUACCAAGCACGGUACCUAGAUCAUCUCAUUUGAUUUGAAACCGUUUCCGUUAUAAUCUCCAAAACGAUCAUUUGUUUGACGAAGGCAUUCGGCUAAAAAUGAGACUAUCGGAUCUUUUGAGAUAAUUCUGCUUUAAAGAGACACUCAAACCAAAUUCAAGUUAAAUUUAAGGGAAAAUGGUAAAAAGGUCACAGAAAUUAAGUUCUGAUAAGCCUUUGGUUUGCUGGUGUUUCAUGAGUGAGAAUGGGUGCGUGUAUAGGGGAGAGUUUAAAUUAUUUUCAUAUUUCAUGGGAUUGCCUGGAUUUUGGGGGGAGACCUUUGUGGGUUUCAGAAGCUAAGGCUGUGUCUAUACUGGCCUCUGGGUCCAGCGUGCCUGAGGGAAUUCAUUCAUUUAAUUCAUCUUGUUUCAUACAGAUGGCAUUUUGUAAAGAACUUUGAAAGGCAGGAAAUUGCAUGUUAUUUUGAUUUUACUGCUUUAAAUUAGAAUUUAAUUUGUUUCUAUGGAAAUAGCCUUUUGUUUAAUAAAGCUUAAGGACUCACUGA